UGCCCUAUGGCUUCUCCAGCGGCGGCGGGGCCCGGCGCCGCGCUGCCCCCGGCCGCGGCGCGCCGAGAUUUCUACUGGUUGCGCUCCUUCAUUGCCGGAGGUGUUGCAGGAUGUUGUGCCAAAACAACUACUGCACCACUGGAUCGAGUAAAGAUUUUGCUGCAAGCUCAUAACCACCAUUACAAACAUCUAGGAGUCUUUUCUACAUUGUGUGCUGUCCCCAGAAAAGAAGGUUACCUUGGCCUAUAUAAAGGAAAUGGGGCAAUGAUGAUUAGAAUCUUUCCAUAUGGCGCAAUUCAGUUUAUGGCAUUUGACCAGUAUAAAAAGGUGAUAAAGAAGCAACUUGGGAUUUCAGGGCACGUGCAUCGGUUAAUGGCUGGAUCUAUGGCAGGUAUUACAGCAGUGAUUUGUACUUACCCUCUUGAUAUGGUUAGAGUUCGUCUGGCGUUCCAAGUAAAAGGGGAACACAAGUACAUGGGAAUUAUCCAUGCAUUCAAGAUGAUUUACACAAAGGAAGGUGGUUUUAGUGGGUUCUACAGAGGGUUGAUGCCAACUGUUGUAGGAAUGGCACCAUAUGCAGGUUUUUCAUUUUUUACCUUUGGUACCUUAAAGAGCAUUGGACUUGCUCAAGCACCUAACUUACUUGGACGGCCUUCAUUAGAUAAUCCUGAUGUCUUAGUUUUGAAAACACAUGUCAAUCUGCUGUGUGGUGGCAUAGCUGGAGCAAUAGCUCAGACGAUAUCAUAUCCCCUUGAUGUAACUCGUAGGCGAAUGCAGUUAGGAGCAGUUCUCCCAGACUCUGAAAAGUGCCUUACAAUGGUGCAGACACUGAAAUAUGUGUAUCAGCAACAUGGAAUACGAAGAGGAUUAUACCGUGGUUUAUCUCUGAAUUACAUUCGCUGUAUACCUUCCCAGGCUGUGGCUUUUACCACAUAUGAACUUAUGAAACAAUUCUUGCACCUCAACUAAUUUUCUUUUUUAUUUAAGGCCUUUCCUGUAAAAUACACUAUCAGUCCUCAGAUUAUAUUGGUGAGUUAAUUACUUGAAGUUUAAGAAAAAAGCUAUCUGUUACUGUGGAACUGCUGCUGUCUUACAUUUUUAUUUGCCAAAAUGAGGUUAAUUCCCUCAAGUCAUACCAAGAGACAGAUCAAAAUAAACAUUACAAGCUAUAAACACUUUUGUACUUUAUCUCAUAGGCUUCAUUGGGUUAAUGUUAAGAAUGGCACAGUUUUAAAAUCACACUCACAUUUUAUACGGGUUUCAAGCUGUUAGUUACUCAGCUUAUCACCAUGACAGGAGUUACACAGAAGGCUCUAUUGCUUUUUAAGGUAGUAGUUAGACAUCUGUUUUUCUUUAAAAAUUAAAUUGAAUAAAUGGAUUUGAACAAAAUGCAAUUAUUUUCAUAUUCAAAUACAUGCCAGCUCUGUAGAAGCUAAACCCAGCAGACCACAGCUUAAGCAUCUUUUCAUUAUUUUUUUUCUUUUACAAGUUUGCUGUUUAUAAGAGCAGUGCCUAUAUCUUCAGAUUGGUACACAUGAAAGUCUCUUUAGCCAUUUCAAUAUGAAAUGACAAUACCCAUUUAACUUCAUUAGAAGUCUUGCAAUCUGGAAACUGGCUUGGGAUACAUUCUAUUCUAAAAUGGAAUUACACAAAUAAAAUAGGGGAAACUUCUCCAGGGACAAGUGCUAAAAGAGGUCUCCUUAAGGAAAUUAAUAUGGGCCUAGUCUUACAAGGUACUUCUGUACCUUAUUCUGUGGGGCUGAAUGUUCUCAACCCAGUUUAUUGAAGGCUGUGUGUUUUAUGUACUUUACAGAACUAGCUCAUGUGAACAGGUUUGUGCCUACCUUAAAACAGUGACAAAUAAGACUGCAUGCUGCUGCGUUUACUUAUUUAAGCAUAUGGACUGUAUUCAACAUCUCAUGCCAGAGGAGAAAGUGAAGAUUGUAUCAGAGUCCGUAUAUGUACUGUUUCUGAAGUAUGGUAUGCAAUAGACUAUUACGGUUCUCUUUGCAAAGGGAAUUAUUUUCCGGACUUGUUUAUACAUGAUUUGCAUUGGCACUCUUGAUUUUAAUCACUUGGUUCAGGAAACCUGUAAAGCAUUUACCUUGAUGUAAGUUAUUUAUUUAUUAUUAAUAUCUCAGCAGUGUCUUUUAAGAAUUGGUAAUGGCUAAGUGGUGGAUAGUGAGAGCAGUUUGCUUAAUUUUGACAGAUUUGACAAACUGGAUUUUGAGUUACAACAACUUUUGUGGCUCAGUUUCAUUUUCCCUUCCAGUUUCUUAAAAGUGUAUUUCUUCGAUAUAUAACAAUGUAGCUAUGGACAGAGAAUGA